GGUGGGCUGCCUCGAAUGCCUUGGACGUCGUCGCUGCCCGGAAUCAUGACACCUCAUAAGUACUCGGCGCGCGUCUCUGCUGCUGCUCUACUUCUCAUCACCCACUGCUCCAUUCACCAUGACCGCGUCUCAGAAGAUCAACGUCGACGACCUCAAGUACCAGAACGGCUUCGGCAACCACUUCGAGUCCCAGGCCAUUCCCGAUGCCCUGCCCAAGCUCGGCAACAACCCCCAGAAGCCCCCUCACGGCCUCUACACCGAGUGCAUCUCCGGCACCGCGUUCACCGCGCCCCGUCACCUGAACCAGCGCUCAUGGGUGUACCGCCUCCGCCCUUCGGUUCAGCACCAGCCGUUCUCGGACUACGAGGGUAACAAGAAGAUGCUCUCCAGCUUCCACCCCUUCUCGCCAGACAUUGAGCCCACGCCCCAGCAACUUCGUUGGGAUCCCCUCUCCUUCAAGGGCGCAGAGGACGUCGACUUUGUUGACGGCAUCGUGACCCUCGGCGGUGCCGGUGACACCCAGCUCAAGGACGGCCUGGCUAUCCACUUCUACAACUUCUCCAAGAACAUGGGCAACAAGGCGUUCUACAACUCGGACGGCGACUAUCUCAUCGUCCCCGUCAAGGGCGAGCUUCUGAUCACCACCGAGUUCGGCAAGAUGGCCGUCUCGCCCCUCCACAUUGCGGUCGUUCAGCGCGGCCUCAAGUUUACCGUUGACCGCGUCGACCCCAACCCCCAGGAGUGCGCGCAGGGCUUCAUCUGCGAGCUCUACAAGGGCCACUUCCACCUCCCCGAGCUCGGCCCCAUUGGCUCGAACGGUCUCGCCAACGCCAAGGACUUUGAGUCGCCCGUCGCCGCCUUUGAGGACAAGAAGGAGGAGUACACUGUCGUCAACAAGUUUGUCGGCAAGCUCUUCCAGUACAAGCAGGACCACUCGCCGUACGACGUUGUCUCGUACUCGGGCAACUACGUGCCCUACCGCUACGACCUGCGCAAGUUCAACACGAUCGGCACCAUCUCGUACGACCACCCCGACCCGUCCAUCUUCACCGUCCUUACCGCGCCCACCGGCGACCAGCCCGGCACGGCGGUGUGCGACUUUGUCAUCUUCCCGCCUCGCUGGCUCGUGGCCGAGAACACGUUCCGCCCGCCCUGGUUCCACCGCAACGUCAUGUCCGAGUUCAUGGGCAACAUCCAGGGCGUGUACGACGCCAAGGCCGAGGGCUUCAUGCCCGGCGGCGCGUCGCUGCACAACAUGAACACUGCGCACGGGCCGGACGCUGAGACGUUCACCAAGGCGACCAACGCCGAACUCAAGCCCCACAAGGUCGGUGACGGCUCGAUGGCGUUCAUGUUCGAGUCGGCGUACCAGAUUGUCACUACCAAGUGGGCUAUCAAGGAGAGCGGCAAGAUCCAGCAGGACUACUGGAAGGCGUGGCAGGGGCUCGACAAGGUGUCGACUCUUUAAAAAGCGAGGUGCACGUAGCAGUGUUGUAUGGGUUCGUGGCAUCAUGCAAGCAGUUUUGGU